AUGGACUGCUUUUAUGACCAACAGGUUCCCUUUGUAGUACCAGAUAGUGGAAAGGAGCGAUGCCUCAACAACAGGAAAAGGAAGUUUUUAGAUGCUGGCUUGGAUCAAGACACAGAGGAACUUUUCCAAGAUCUCAGCCAGCUUCAGGAAAUUUGGAUAGCAGAAGCGCAGGCUCCUGAUGAUGAGCAGUUUGUACCAGAUUUCCAGCCCAAUACUGUCAUGUUUCAAACACCACAAGUCAGCAAAGUGAAGCGAGAGUCCAGCCCAUCCAAAGAUCUUUCCCCGUGCAGGACGCGUCACACAGACGUGUGCCUUUACAGCAACAGUGCCUGUGAUGACAAAACAGCUGAAUUCACACACACUACUGCACCAAACCUGCGGCAGCGGCACGCUAACAGUCCUACGUGGCAGGUGUCCAGUUGCCCCACCCACCACCAGCACAUGCCGCAGGGCAAUCAGAGCCAUCAAUUUGCAUUGCCACGCCCUCCCAUUGGCUGUCUCACUGCAGAUUUUGGUUCAGAGCAGAGGUUUCAGCGACAGAUGUCAGACCCAUGUUUGUCCUUUCUACCAGCAAAGAAAACAGCCAACAUGCACUUCUCUCAGUCGAGCAAUGCGGGCCGCCCGGCCUAUCAGCGGCACCUAUCAGAGCCCCUUGUUUCAGUCCGCAGUAGAGCCGUUUGCAAACAGGAGAGUCUAGAUCCACAUUAUCCCGAUGCAGCGGCGUGCACUUCGAGCAUGGUGGCCUUCAACCGAGUCACAAUCAAACAAGAGCCGAGAGACUUUGGCUUUGACGCAGAAGUUCAAACCUGCCAAUCAUCACCCUUUGGCAAAACAUCAGUCUUGUACCAGCCCAGCGGGACAGGAUUUCCCCGUGACGCAGAAGCACACUUUUACUAUGACGAUGCUUGUGUGGUGCCGGACAGAUUGGAGGGUAAAGCAAAGCAGGAUGGUUUGCCAUAUCAGCGUCGUGGCUCACUGCAGUUGUGGCAGUUCCUACUAACACUACUGGACAACCCGGCUAAUGCACAUCUGAUUGUGUGGACAGGGCGCAAUAUGGAAUUUAAACUCAUUGACUCUGAAGAGGUGGCCCGGCUCUGGGGGAUCCAGAAGAACCGACCUGCCAUGAACUACGAUAAGCUGAGCCGCUCGCUGAGGUACUACUAUGAGAAGGGCAUCAUGCAGAAGGUUGCGGGGGAGAGAUACGUCUACAAGUUUGUGUGCAACCCUGAGGCCCUCUUCUCUUUGGCGUUUCCAGAAAGACACAGGCUCAGUCUGAAGCCCGACCCGGAUUCCCGUCUGCCUCCCGGAGAGGAGGAUACUCUAACUCUGCCUUCCUCUGAGGAAGAAGGUCCGUACUUGGCAGACGGAGGCGAGCAGUGCAUUCAGGGGCUGGCCUUUCCUGAAAAUUGCCUGUACUAG